CAAACGCCUGGGCUUCCGCCUCUGGCUCGCCCCGCCCCCGGCCGUUGGUUCUCUGAACUGCUCCCUUCCGGGCCGCUGCACCGCACUCCUGCUCGGAAUCCCUCUUUGCUCUGGUCCUCAGGCACUGGCGCGCUCCUGGGGAAAGGGCCAGGCUGUGUGUGUGCGCCGUGCGCCCCGUGCGCGCGCUGGCCCCCUCGCACCGCGCUGCAGGAGCACAGCCGAGACCCGCCGGGGAGGGAAGAAGAGCGGGCGAGGCAGUGCGCGCCGCCCGAGGCCUGGGGUCCCGGCCACAGCUGCGCCGAAGACCUGCGGGCGCUCUCGGCUCGGCCGAACCGGGCGAAGAUUUCCCCGACAGUCCGGCCGGGGCUGCGUAGACGCCGUACUCCAUCAACCCUGACUCGCACCUGGGCCCCGCGCGAACGUCCUUGAGGCGGGGACGCUAGUGUUCGGGGCACAAGAAAUAAGCACGUAUCUUAAGACCGACCGCACUUCAGAUUCGAUGAAAUACGGUACCUCCUACGGGAGAUGGUGGGCCCCGCCCACCCGAACCCAGACCCUUUCCACGCUGGCGCGGAGCCGCCCUGGGCUCCCGGCCCCGCCCCCUGGGGGGCUCCUCCCCCACCCCGCGCAGGCGCGGAGCCUACUAACCGGCUCUUGCCCUCGAGACGCGCGGAUGCUGAGAUGGCGGAUUCCGAGCUGCAGCUGGUGGCGCGGCGGAUCCGCAGCUUCCCCGACUUCCCCGUCCCCGGCGUGCUGUUCAGGGACAUUUCACCCGUCCUGAAGGACCCCGACUCCUUCCGCGCCUCCAUCAGCCUCCUGGCUAAUCACCUGAAAAAGGCCCACGGCGGCAGGAUCGACUACAUCGCGGGCCUAGACUCCCGUGGCUUCCUGUUUGGUCCCUCCCUGGCCCAGGAGCUGGGCUUGGGCUGCGUUCUCAUCCGGAAGCGAGGGAAGCUGCCAGGCCCCACUGUGUGUGCCUCAUACGCACUGGAAUACGGGAAGGCUGAGCUGGAGAUCCAGACGGACGCCCUGGAGCCAGGGCAGAAGGUGGUGGUGGUGGAUGACCUGCUGGCCACUGGUGGAACCAUGCGUGCAGCCUGUGAGCUGCUGGGCCAGCUGCAGGCCCAGGUGCUGGAGUGCGUGAGCCUGGUGGAGCUGACCUCUCUGAAGGGCAGGGAGAAGCUGGGGACUGUGCCCUUCUUCUCUCUCCUGCAGUACGAGUGACCCCGGCCCCAGCCCCCCACCAACUGGGAGAGAAGAGGAUCCGCCGUUGGGGCAGGGCGGGGCGGGACUUGGGCGCGGGGCUGCUGCCUGGGGGGCCUGCGGGGGCUUCUGGAAGCCCCGAGGCCUGGAGCUGCAGGCUCAUUGACAGUGGAAUGAGAAUGAGAAUAAACAACUGACUUUCUAGA